AGGAAAAAUCAGAAAGAUUGAGAAAAUAUCAGAAAAUCAAAAAAAAAGGGCUCGAGGGUUCCAAUUUUGACUUUCAGAUUCUUCUCCUUUGAUUUUUUUUUCGUUUUCAUAGAUAUAUAUAAAAAAAUAUUUCUGUUGAUGCUUCCGAUUUAAAUCUCUGUUAUAACAUACAAAUGGAGUGAAGUUUGAGUUUGAGUUCUUGUUCGGAUUCAAAAUUGUGCGGCCGAUUCGAGUUUCUGUUCGAGGUUCGUGGUUUGGCUCGCGGUUUCUGCUCGAUUGCGUUGCUGUUCUCAGUCGAUAUUUUGGAGCAAUACGUUGUAUCUGCUGAUUCCUCUACUGUUAUUAAAAAGGAUUUCGACUAAACAGGUAUGGACCCGCUGAUUCGAUCCAAAGUGCUGAUGGUAGUAAAGAUUCCUAGGAAGUUGAUCAAGUGGUGGAAAAUGUUUUCAUCGUUAGAGCAGCAUGAGUUAAUGCAGAAAUUGGGCACCCUAACUUCCCUUCUUGAUAUCACACCCCGCCCAGACUUAGUGGAGGCGAUGCUGACUUAUUGGGAUUCGCAAAAUUUGAUUUUCAGAUUUGGAGAGUGUGAGAUGACUCCUACCUUGGCGGAAAUGUCUGGUCUCACUUGUUUAAGCUAUAUAGGCAAGGACAUGAUACUUCCCCGAGACUACUCUAGGACAAGAUUCGUCAGCGGCCUGGGCCUGAAAGAUAAUAAGCAUUUAAAAUGUCUCGAGCAGUCCUGAAUAUCCUUGGAUUAUUUUUUUGCUAGAUUUGGACAACAGGAUAGUUUUGACGUCUUUUGGGAUAAGUUAUGCACAACCAAGGCAAAGUGGCAAAGACGUCGCCUAGAAGCUUUCAACCUUGCUUUGUUGGGAUUAUUGGUUUUUCCAUUAGAUGAGAGGCACAUUAGCACCCGUCUGCAGUUAGUGGUAAUAGCACUAUUUCAUGAAAAGUAACGCAAAACCGUUACCGUUUUGCCGAUGAUCUUAGCAGAGUUGUACCGAGCCCUGAGUGAGGUUAAGGGAGGUGUCAGUUAUUUUGAGGGAAGUAACCUUUUUCUACAACUAUGGAUGAUGGAGCAUUUGCACACUGCAUCCUUACUUUGUCCCAUCGACCGUGCCUUGAGGGAUCGGGUGGUAUGCAUCGAACGUAGGAUGAAAUCUCUUAAGUUUACGUACCCAGUAGGCAUCACAACUUGGAUUGAGUUCCUUGGUUUGAGGACAAAUGGGAAUAUUUUGUGGGUUUACCUUUGGCUACCUUUGGAUGAUAUCUUGGUAGGGUGCCUCAUGCAGCCUUUCCUGAUGCUAGUAGGACUCAAGUGUGUCAGGUCAUACACUCCCGUUAGGGUAAUGCGACAAUUGGGCAGAAGACAAGAGGUGCCUCCAACUUUGAAUCUUCGGAGGCACAUCAUAAAUUUUAGCAAAAAGGCGGCUGAUGAAAUCAAGUAUGUGCAAUACUGGAACAAUGCAAAGAGGAUGAAGAAAAAUACAUUAGUAGAGGACGUUGGCAGGCCCGAGUGUACUCAAGAGUACUUGAUUUGGUUACAGUCCGUCCCACCAGGGGUCAGCACCCCAUUACCAGCACAACUUAGGGGUCGGGCAGUUCAGACAGAUGAUUUUGAGGAGGCAUCAGACCAAGAUCCCUGGGAUAAGCUUGAGUUGAUAAAGUCUCAGUUAGCGGGAUUGGCAGCAAACGUGAAGCAGCAUGGCCAGUAUUUGUUUAGGGUUAGCCUUUAGGAUGCGGGGGCAUACGCCAGGGCCUUUAUUCCCAGCAUCGAUGUUUCUUUACAAUGUGGCCGUCUCCUACAAUCUGUUGUUGGGCAGCAUGCUGCUAAGGCAGUUCCGUCUUCUCUGCACCAAAUGGUGAAGUUCGAAUGGGACAGGCAGGAAAUAGUUGUGCACGAUGAUGAGGACUUGUCAGCUUGUAAUGACACAAUUGUUCCGUUCAUCGAAGCUGAAGAUGAUAAGGGACCUUGAGUCUAUCAGACUUUUGAAAUAGUGUCUGUUGAGAAAAUUCCUGAAGGAAAAUGCAUUCCAGGUCAUAAGCUAUCCUCCGUAUCUGUCAUGGUUGCGAAUGAAAUGUUGAAGAAUGGUUUUGUGCCAGGCAAGGGUUUGGGCUCAUCUCUACAGGGUAUUGUGCAUCCAGUGCACCCCAGUGGGAGUCCUGGUACAUUUGGUUUGGGAUUCAUGCCCACAGAGAAGGACGUGAAAAGGGUUAAAAAUCUGAAACAGAAGGUAUGGUUGCUCCCCAAGCCUGUCCCACACAUCUUUAAGUCUUUUGUCAAGCCAGGGACCGAAAAACCUCCAACCUCCUCAAUCCCAAAACCUGUGGUCGAUGUUGAUGAAGAGCUGAUUAUGGUUCCAAAGUCUGUUCGAAGAGGUCAAUAUGGUAGAAGUUGGUGAAGGCUCUAGUAAAGCAAAUGUGCAGCUCGUUGGCCCAAACGUGAAGCUUAGCAAUUGGGAAGCUACUCCUCUCCCCACCAGGAAUGAGUUUUGGU